UUUUUUUUACUUUUAUUAGAACUCUUUUUUUACUAAUAUCCAAUUACUUAAAUAGCUUUUGCUCUCUAUAUAUAGAAUUUCAUAAAUAUAAUCACCAAAAUUUGGGACUUGUGGGGAAGAAAAGGAAGAAGAGACACAAAAACACCAACACUUUUUUUGCUUCUCUUUCUUCCACAUUCAUACAUCCCCCACAAAAGUUCCCAAAACACACACAUUCUGAAUGAAAAUCUUUUUUUUUUUUUCUAGAAAUAAAUCUUGAAAAAAUUGUUUUAAAAAGGGUUGAUUAAUUAAUUGACCUUUGAGGUUUUUUUUUCUCUAGUUUGGGCAAAAGGGUACCUUAAAAAUUAAAUCUUUUUUCAAUUCUUGAAAAAAAACAAGAACCAAAAUGUUGUCAGGACAAAUAGGGAAGAAAGGUUUUUUCAUUGCAACACUUAUAACAUUUUGGUAUUCCUCAAACAUUGGAGUACUUUUGUUAAACAAAUUAUUGCUAUCAAAUUAUGGAUUUAAAUUUCCAAUUUUCUUAACAAUGUGUCAUAUGACAGCUUGUGCUGUACUUAGUUAUGUGUCCAUUGUUUUCUUGAAAAUUGCACCUUUUCAAAGGAUUAAAUCGAGGUCUCAAUUCUUGAGAAUUACUACACUUAGUAUUGUCUUUUGUGGUUCUGUUGUUGGUGGCAAUAUUUCUUUAAGGUAUUUGCCUGUGUCAUUUAAUCAAGCUGUGGGUGCAACAACACCAUUUUUUACUGCAUUGUUUGCUUAUUUGAUGACAAGAAAACAAGAAGCUUGGGCUACUUAUGGUUGCCUUGUUCCUGUUGUUACUGGAGUUAUUAUUGCAAGUGGGGGUGAACCAAGCUUCCACCUUUAUGGAUUUAUCAUGUGUAUUGGUGCAACUGCUGCUAGAGCCUUCAAGUCUGUUCUUCAAGGAGUUCUGCUUUCUUCUGAAGGGGAAAAACUGAACUCCAUGAAUCUCCUGCUCUACAUGUCACCUAUUGCUGUUGUAGUAUUAUUGCCUGCUGCACUUGUUAUGGAACCCAAUGUGAUAGAUAUCACUACGACACUCGCGGUGGAACAUAGAUACCUUGGCCUGCUUAUUUUGGUUAAUUCUGCAAUGGCAUAUGGUGCCAACUUGUUGAACUUCUUGGUGACUAAGCAUACCAGUGCAUUGACACUCCAGGUCCUAGGCAAUGCAAAAGGAGCAGUGGCUGUUGUUAUCUCCAUACUUAUUUUCCAAAAUCCUGUAACUUUCAUCGGCAUCGCGGGCUACACGAUGACUGUGAUGGGAGUUGUUGCUUAUGGAGAAUCAAAAAGAAGGCACAAAUGAGCUUAACAUCAAGGCCUUCUUUUUUGUUUUCUCCUUUCAUAAAGUACCAUACUUCUGUUUCUUCAAGAGGUUGGAUGUGUGGUAAAGUUAGGAAGAAAUACAUUCCAUUGCAAUUUUGUAGCCCAUAGACACAUGAAAUGGUAAAAGGGAACAAGAGUUGUUGAUUUUUUAUUAUUUUUACCAUUUAUCUGUUGUAUUCUUUCUAUUAAGAGGGAUCUUUAAGUUUGGAACUUAUUCUUGUGUUGUUAAAAUAAAGUCAAAUUAUGUCUUCUUCCUUCUA